CCGCCCGCUGCACUAGCCUGGGCACGCUGCGAGAGCGGCGCGCGUCGCCGGCCGGUCCCGGCUCUUCAGUCCCACUCCGCGGCCAGCCCGGCACCACUGGCGGGCAGCCGCGCUCCUCGUCGCAGGAACUGGAGCAGGACCCCGACGGGACCGGCGCGUGGGGCGGGAGCCCGAGCCCCGCGGCUAUGCCCUGUGCCCCCCACCCUACCAGUCACUCGUCCCGGGCCCGGCCCCCGACGGCCGCGCGUUGAGAUGACUUUCCGAGACCUCCUGAGCGUCAAUUUCGAGGGAUCCCGCUCGGACGGCAGCGCCGGGGGCGCCAGCGCGGGCGGCAGCGGGGGUGGCUCCGGCGGCGCGGCAGCCUCGGAGGGCCGGGCGGUGGACGGCGUGCCGGGGACCGCGGGCAGCGGCGGCGUGGUGGGGGCGGGCAGUGACGAGAACAACCGGAGCUCCGCGGGGGAGCCGGGGGCCGCCGGUGCUGGAGGCGAGGUGAACAGCACGGCGGCCGUCGGGGGGCUGGUGGUGAGCGCGCAGGGCGUGGGCGUGGGCGUCUUCCUGGCCGCCUUCAUCCUCAUGGCCGUGGCGGGCAACCUGCUGGUCAUCCUCUCAGUGGCCUGCAACCGCCAUCUGCAGACGGUCACCAACUAUUUCAUUGUGAACCUGGCCGUGGCCGACCUGCUGCUGAGUGCCACCGUGCUCCCCUUCUCUGCCACUAUGGAGGUCCUGGGCUUCUGGGCCUUCGGCCGGGCCUUCUGCGACGUGUGGGCUGCCGUGGACGUGCUGUGCUGCACUGCCUCCAUCCUCAGCCUCUGCACCAUCUCGGUGGACCGGUACGUGGGCGUGCGCCACUCGCUCAAGUACCCCUCCAUCAUGACCGAGCGCAAGGCGGCCGCCAUCCUGGCGCUGCUCUGGGCCGUAGCCAUCGUGGUGUCCGUGGGACCGCUGCUGGGCUGGAAGGAGCCGGUACCCCCUGACGAGCGCUUCUGCGGCAUCACGGAGGAGGCGGGUUACGCCGUCUUCUCCUCCCUGUGCUCUUUCUACCUGCCCAUGGCCGUCAUCGUGGUCAUGUACUGCCGUGUGUACGUGGUUGCGCGAAGCACCACGCGCAGCCUCGAGGCGGGCGUCAAGCGCGAGCGGGGCAAGGCCUCGGAGGUGGUGCUGCGCAUCCACUGCCGCGGCUCAAGCACGGGCACCGACCGGGGCCACGGGGCGAUGCGCAGCACCAAGGGCCACACUUUCCGAAGCUCACUGUCCCUACGCCUGCUCAAGUUCUCCCGCGAGAAGAAGGCGGCUAAGACGCUGGCCAUCGUCGUGGGCGUCUUCGUGCUCUGCUGGUUCCCCUUUUUCUUCGUCCUACCACUGGGCUCCCUGUUCCCGCAGCUGAAGCCCUCGGAGGGCGUCUUCAAGGUUAUCUUCUGGCUGGGCUACUUCAACAGCUGCGUGAACCCGCUCAUCUACCCCUGCUCCAGCCGCGAGUUCAAGCGCGCCUUCCUUCGCCUCCUGCGCUGCCAGUGCCAUCACAGUCGCAGGCGCCGCCGCCCCCUCUGGCGUGCCUACGGUCGCCACUGGCUGGCCUCCAACGGCGGCCCGCGCCCCGACUGCGCCCCCGGCCUGGGCGCCGCGCCCCGCGAGGCCCCGCUGGCCCUCCCCGCGCCCGAGGCCCCCGACACCCCGAGCACGCCCGAGGCCCAGGCUCCGGUCGUGGGCCGUCUAAAGCCGCCCUACUCCUUCCGCGAUUGGAGGCUGCUCGGGCCGUUCCGGAGACCCACCACGCAGCUGCGUGCCAAGGUUUCCAGCCUGUCGCAGAAGAUCCGCGCCGGGAGCGCGCCCUGCGCAGAGGCCCCGUGCGCCCUGCGCUCGGAGGUGGAGGCUGUGUCCUUAAACGUCCCCCACGACGCGGCUGAGGGCGCCACCUGGCAGGCCUACGAAUUGGCCGAUUACAGCCAUCUCCGGGAGACUGAUAUUUAAGGACCCCUGAGCUAGGCCGAGAGAAGUGUGCCAGGGGUGGGUGUAGGUGUGGAGAGGGAGGCUGGCUUUAUUCGGGAGGCCAAAUGAGAAUCAGGAACCCAAAGACUAAUCAGGUGGACUGCUCUCCGGCCUCCUUGAGGAACUGAGCUGGGGUGGGGCCCUUGAAGGGUGGAGAGUUUUGGGCUCCCACUCCUGGGCACAGAUGCCCGCAGCUCCUUUCGAGGAAGGGGCUGCAGGCUCCUUAGAGCCAUUAGUUUCCAAUCCCUGUUUGAGAAACACUGCCCCAUCCAUGCCCUGAACCCUGGGUAGAUUGCCCCAAGUAUGGCCAGGCAGCCUGUCCCUCCCCUUGCAGAGGAAAGGGCACAGGAGCCCUGACUGUCUGCCCCUAAUGCCUCCUCUCGUGAAAACGUCAGUGGGGCCAGGGCUUCUCAAUGGACAGGAUUUCUCCUACUGCCAACUGGAGGAAUCCAGUGGGCCUGCCAUUGCCACCCAGAAGCUUUGGUGGCAAAUUGGAUGACUGUCCUAUGAGCCUGUUGUACUAACUCACUGGGCCCACUUUCCCCUCCCAGGGGUUCCACUCUGCCUGCCCCUCAUGUUGUCUCCCAAGGGCCUUACUGUUUACACUCAGUAUAUAGCUUCUUAUACCUGUACCCAUCACUUCUUGCUGGGAUCUGGAACCAUCAAAUGGGGAGAGCUUUGUCAUUUUUAGACAUAUUUAUUGGUCAGAGGACUUCUAUUUUGUCCAGACUGUGCAAACUGUCCUCUUUAGCUUACAACCUAUAAAGAACUAUUUUUUGUUUUUCUAAAAUCCUUCAAGUACUAAAGGCCCACCACAGGAUAGAUUGGAUCUGUGUUUAUCUUUCUAGUUUCAACCUGUCUUUUUAAUUGAUGGCUGCUGUCCUUUGGGAUUUUGAGUAUAAGCAGAAGAUUUGGGCAUUUCAUUGGCUUUUAAAACUCAUAUGAUUAGUCUUGGAAGCCAAGCAGUGAUUAUAAGCACAAAGUUUCACUCUUUCAGUCCCCGCAGAUGUAUCUGUGAUGCUCUGAGGGUCUCAGCGUAGCCAUCAGUUAAGUGGGUGAAACAUUACAUGGAAAAAUAUACAAGCCUAAGUAGGCAAGUGUAAAUAGUGAGUGAGAGAACACCUACCUAAUAAUACCAUGGUUAUUAGCUUUGAAUAAAAUGUCCAGCACUUGUCAUAGUCCCAAGAGACUGCAGGCCAUUCAGUCUUCAGCUGGAUAAUACCAACCACAUACAUCCAACCAGCAUGGGAAUGAUGACUGUAGCCCAGUGGGCCCUUGGAAGGAGAGCUGGCUAAAUAAUACCCUGGGGUGUCUGGAGUGGAGGUGUUGUGAAACUGGAAAGGCUAGCUGCUAGGGCCAACGUGGACCAGUAUUUUGAGCCAAAAGCUUUCACCCUGAACUAGGGAAGUCUGUUUGAAAGAUCACCACAAUUUCAGCCCCAGUAGUCUUCUCACUGUGGGGGCCAUCUGUCAAAGCAAAGGUCAGUGAGGAGGCAGACCCUAGUCAGAGGAUUGCACAUUGGGUUCAGCAGCAGGGGAGGGUGUCUGAGAGGGUUCCUACAUGCCAGGGCAGUUGAGCCACAGGUGGUCAGCAGUUGGGAUGGAGGAGGGGCCCUUAUGAGGGUUCUAGGGGGGCCUUCCCUGUUCUGGAUAACAGUGGGCAUGGAGGCAGAUGGGGUCGGCAGCUUGCCCAGUUAAAGUACUUUCUAUAGGCUCACUGAACAAUCAGCAAAACUUAUCUAAUGGUUAAGCCUAAGCUCCUGAUUUCUGUACAUGGUGCCCUCUGCACACAGCUGCCCACACCUGUGCUCUCCACACCGGGGGCUGGAGCCCUCAGAGAGGCUAUGCCACAGCAAGGGCAUCCAAUGACCCAGUUCUAAUCAUCAAUAAAGCACUGAGCUGCUGACCUU